AAGUUUGGAUGAUCAGCGAGCCCCUGUAGUCGUGAUUGCGCCGAAUAAGCGGGGGUCCGUGUCAACGUCAUUGUCCGUGGGCAGCAUCCUACAAGAGGACGCACGGAGCUGGUCAUUCACAGAGGCGCGCCCGCGCACGAAACACAGAGUGAACACGCUGAGAGACAGAGAGAGAGAGAGAGAGAGCACACGCCGCAGUGGGAACCACUGGGAACCACUGACGUCCUCCGUGGAUUGCAGCGGCACGAGUGGACAUUUUUACGUGUUGCUUCGUGAAUGAGUGGAAACAGGACUUUUUUAUUAUUAUUUUUUUAUUAUUUGGAGUGACAAAAGUCCACAGAUCUUGCCGUAACCUGACUACCUGUCCCGCUUUGUUUUGGUGAAGAUCACGCGUGUGAAGCAAACGUGGCAUGACAGGAGGAGUCGCGCGUCAACGACCCAAACAGCCACACACACAUGAUGGGCUUUUUGUUUUACGCAGAGCAAAGACGCACCGUUGGAUGCGUGAAGCGCGCGAUGGUGACAGGAGUUUAAUCUUGAAUGACCGGGAAUAACAAUUCAAAAUAAAAGCUUCCAUGUGGAUAUUGCGAGGCGUGGAUGUGGAGGUGCUCCUCUCGAACUUUCAGAGGUUUUUAAAAUAAAAAAGUAGCUUUAACGUCAGUGAGUGUGUGGUUUUUUUUGUCCUAUGCUUUUCCUGAAAAGCACCCAGACUGUAAUUUGUGACUGUAUGAGAAUAAAAAUGAGCUUCUAUAGUUUGGCGCUGUCCUGCUUGGUGGCGUGUUUCGUCUCCGUGCGCUGCGGCGGCUCCGUUACCGCAGCGGAGACGGCAAGCUCCGCUGCCCAGGAGUCGUGCGCGUCCUGCGGCCUCAGGGCGGGCGAUCAGUCGGAGAGGGUGAAUAUAGACUUCCUGGAGGCGGUGAAGAGGCACAUACUGAACCGGCUGCAGAUGAGGGACAGGCCAAACAUCACGCACCCGAUACCGAAGGCUGCGAUGGUGACCGCGCUGCGGAGGCUGCAUGCCGGGAAAGUGCGCGAAGAUGGCCGGGUGGAGAUCCCCAACUUUGAAGGACAGGCUGCCUUCAACAACGAGGUCCAGGCGGAGACCUCGGAGAUUAUCAGCUUUGCCGAAUCAGAUGGACAUGCAUCAGCCAAGUCAGGUCUGUUCUUCCUCAUUUCCAACGAGGGCAACCAGAACCUGUUCGUGUCCCAGGCCAACCUCUGGCUCUAUUUCCGUGUGCUGCCGGCCGGUCCUGAGAAGGGCCUACGGAGGAAAGUAACUGUCAAGGUCCUCUACCAGGAAGCUGGGGCUUCAAGCAGCACAGAGGGAAGCCCAGGAGGCGGCGGCGGCGGUGGCGGUGGUGGUGGGGAGGCAACAGGCCGCUGGACCCUGGUGGAGAAGCGGUUGGAUCUGAAGCGCAACGGCUGGCACACUUUCCCCCUCUCAGAAGCGGUGCGGGCCGUAUUUGGGAGAGGCAGCCGGAGGCAGGACCUCGAGAUCCACUGCGACGGCUGCGACACGGCCGGCGUGGCUCCGGUGCUGGUGGACCCAGGUGACCCGUCUCACCGGCCCUUCCUGGUGGUGCGUGCGCGGCAGGUGGACGGAAAGCACCGCAUUCGCAAGCGGGGGCUAGAGUGUGACGGCACCAGUGGCGGGUUGUGCUGUCGGCAGCAGUUUUACAUAGACUUCCGUCUCAUCGGUUGGAAUGACUGGAUCAUUGCACCAGCUGGUUAUUAUGGCAACUACUGCGAAGGCAGCUGCCCGGCCUACAUGGCUGGAGUGCCAGGCUCGGAUUCUUCCUUCCACACAGCGGUAGUGAACCAGUACCGUAUGAGAGGGAUGAGCCCGGGCUCAGUCAACUCCUGCUGCAUCCCCACCAAGCUCAGUACUAUGUCCAUGCUCUACUUCGACGAUGAGUACAACAUCGUCAAGAGGGACGUGCCCAACAUGAUCGUGGAGGAGUGCGGUUGCGCUUGACCCCCGCGUUGGCCCUUCACUAUCUGAACUUGGUCUUUUGUACAAACAGGACGUUAUUGUACGGUACACAUAUACAUUAUAUCUAUACCUACUGUAUGUGCAAGCAACACACGCAUAAACAAACACUGGUGCAAUCCAGCAAACGCAAGUAUCGGUGUUGUGUUUGUCUGAGUGUGUGUAUUUAUCAGACUUGCUUCAGCAGUGGGAUGAGAAGGGAACAUUAUCACCAAAAUGAUAUUUUUUUUUUUUUUGCUCUAGUUUGCCAUUUCUAGUCAAAAAAAAGUUAAAAUAAUAAUAAUAAUAAUGAUAAUAAUAAUAAUGGCUCGUCAACUCCUCUUGAAUGAAGAUAAAAAAUAAAUAAAAGCGCUUAAGGAAAGUGACAGGAUCAGCCAGGAACACGAUUGGCUCCACCCCCCCUCACAUAGUCCCAGCCCUGCUCCUCCAAACCCCCUUAAAUAAUUAAAGCACAUAACAGACUUUUUUUUUCUUCUUGUAAAGCACUGACAAUUCAUUAGCUUAUGAAAUUCAGAACACCAGCACUUCACUACUAUGCCGACAGACACAGUCUGACUGUCCUCUCUGGUGGACUCAGACGGCGGCAGCGCUUAAUGCCUUGCAGGAUUAAACGCGGUGCUGCUGCUGCUGCUGCUGCUGCUGCUGCUGCUGCUGUCACUCUUGCUGUUGACUGACAGCCCCUCAACCUCAACCUCCUGCCUGUCAAGAGUGCUGCAGGCCCUGCUACUAUGACAACCAGGUGAAGAUAGAUCUCAUAAGUGCACUUCACUUGUCCAGUGGGAGCGACAGAGACACACACACACAGAGAACUUCUUCUUCUUCUUCCUGGGCCCAGAAGAGGUAGAGGGGGCCCGACGAACACAAAGACUCCAUUUUGGGGCCAGUGUGUCGCCACGGUGCAGUGUAGCACUUGCAGAAACUGAAAUGCACACCCUGAAUAGCACUUGUAUAAAGAAAUGCCUUCCAAGGGGUACUGAGUGUCCUGUCCUAUCGCUAAAUAAGUGCCACAUGAGCUAUGCAAUGUAUAGUAACCUAUACCCAUACUCAACAUUCUCUAUUAGACUGAAUCCUCUUUCCAUCUCUCUCUCCUCCUCCUCCUCCUCCUCCUCCUCUCUUCUUCCUCAACUCUUUAUCAAUACUUGAAAUGUAAUCUUUCGCUUCCUUUCCAAAGCGAAUGAUUGUUGUGAUGUUUGCACUGAAAAGUUGCAGGAUUAGUGAAACAAAAACUGCCAUUGAAAUGUUAUUUUUAUAGAAGUAAAUUGAAUAUUUGUUCAAAUGUAUUUUAAUUAAAUGGAACCAAAGAGGCCAAGAUUUUAGGUAUUGUAUGCGAAGAUGGCAAGGCCAUUGACUUAAGGUGUACAAUACUUUUUUCUUUUUUUUUUUGAUUAUUUGCAAAAACACGGCCUACCACUGUAUCAGGGUACAAUAUAUGAUUUUCAUUCUUAGCUCUAUUUUCAUUCUCUGUUUUUUUUGUACAAUAAGCAACACUUCAUUUUCAUCUUUAAUUCUAUUUUGUUUCAGUUUUCUAUUUAAUAAAAGUUAUUUUUAGUUUCUGUAUAAGAAUCAUUUAGUCAAAUAAAUUUCCUCUGUACAGUUUAUGUAAAAUAAAAUGUUUUCUUAAAUAUAAGAUAA